AUCGUGGAACAUGUAUUGAAUUCUUCAUACGGACCGGCUCGCCUUUUUUCCGUCGCUUUCCGGGUUCGUUUUAAAAAUUCCUGCGAGGGACCGGUAGCCUCGAUUCUUUCCGUGAAAGAUUGAACGGGCCGUUUCGCGUCCACGUACGAAAGUGUUCUGUGCCAAGAUGCGCGCCGUGACGCUCGUAUUGCUAUCAGUUUCACUAUUCUGCGCUUCUCACCGGCACAGCCACGGAUAUAACAUACUGGGCAUUUGUCCGAGCGCAAGUUACAGCCACCAACAGCCGUUUCAAGCAUUGAUGAGAGCACUGGCGGCCCGUGGCCACAAUGUUACCGUCGCAUCAACAAUUCCCUUAAAGAAUCCUCCGCCCAAUUACAGGAACGUGGACUUGUCAUUUUCAUAUCGGAAGGAGGAUUGUACAAGUUUGAGAUAUAUGGGAGCCUACGCUAUACUCCAUAAAAACAUGCAGGAAGCGAACGAAUUGUGCAAGAAGCAAUUAUUCAGUCCCGCUAUCAACGAUCUUAUAACGGCCAACGAGACAUUCCACGCGGUCAUUAUAGAGCAAUUAUGGUACCAGUGUUAUUACGCCCUCGUAAAGCACUACAACUUCCCGGUGCUGAUGGGAUUUUUGAGCGUCGGCAACCUGCCCUACGUAAUGGAUUCCGUGGGAAACCCAGACGACCCCAAUAUGAAUCCGGACAUGGCGUACCCGUUCACGGACAGAAUGACACUGAACGAGCGUAUACGGAAUACCCUUUACACAACGUGGACAAGAUUGUAUUAUCGAUACUGGCACCUGCCACGAGCUCAACACAUCGCUAACGAAUGGGCGCCCGGUACAUCUGUCUAUGACAUCGAUAAGAACUUUAGCCUAGUGAUUUUGGGGAACAAUCACGUGUUCGGCUAUCCGAAACCACUACUGCCGCACGUGAUCGAAGUCCACAGUUUGCAAAUAACGGAAAAGCCCGAUCCCCUGCCCGAGGAGAUUCAGGAGUUCCUGGACAACGCUCAGGAUGGCGCUAUUUAUUUCUCUCUGGGCUCGAAUCUGCAAACUCACCAGCUACCCGCCGGGCCUUUGACCGCAUUGUGCAACGCCCUGAGCUCGCUCAAGCAAAGAGUUCUAUGGAAACACGGCGGAAACAUGGCCAUUCAUCCGGCCAACAUCAAAUUUGUGAAGUGGGCGCCCCAGCAAGCAGUCCUCGCGCAUCCCAAAGUGAUGGCGUACGUGAUGCAAGGCGGAUUGCAGUCGUUGCAAGAGGCGGUGCACCACUCGGUGCCCGUAGUCGCGAUCCCCUUUUUCGGGGAUCAACUUUUCAACGCACGUAAAAUCCUAGACGCUGGUAUCGGACUGACACUGGACAUCGACACCAUGACCGAGGACUCCAUCGUACAAACGCUCGCGGAGGUCGUCGAAAAUAAAACGUAUCUGAACAACAUCAGAAGAAUGUCGGCGAUUAUACAAGACGAAUUAGUGAAGCCUAUGGAAAAAGCGGUAUGGAGCGUGGAACACGUAUUGAAGUUUUCAGACUCAAGACACUUGAGAUAUCACGGACGUGAUAUAUCAUGGGUAGAUCAUUAUGCGGUAUUUAUGUGUUUAAAUGUAUCUCUCGUCACUUUAUUGUAUAUCAGCUAUCGAAUUAUCAUCGCUUUUAUCAAGUGCAAAUGGAUAGUUGACUUAAAAGAGAAACUCGAGUAGCAAGUAGAA